GUUAAAGCAGGGGCGCGAGUCGGCCGACGGCCCCGUUGCAUGGGGUGCUUGCUGGACGGUGAAGACGAGAGCUCUCGCCUCAAAGGUUCAGUCCCCAACGCUUGCACAUUUGCCCUAAACGCAAUACUCCCCAACAACACAAAUAUACCACACCUCUAUACGCGAGAAUGUCGAGUUGCGUCGUGUGCGCGGCCGCAGCGGUCGUUUGGUGCCAGAAUGACAAGGCGCUGCUUUGCAAGGACUGCGAUGUGCGCAUCCACACCAGCAACGCGGUCGCUGCGCGCCAUACCCGCUUCGUGCCCUGCCAGGGCUGCAACAAGGCCGGUGCUGCGCUCUACUGCAAGUGCGACGCCGCGCACAUGUGCGAGGCUUGCCACAGCUCCAACCCCCUAGCUGCUACGCACGAGACCGAGCCGGUGGCGCCGCUGCCGUCAGUCGAGCAGGGCGCUGCACCGGAGCCUCAGGUCCUGAACAUGCCCUGCGAGUCUGUGGCGCAGUCUGCGGCCAGCCCCGCGGCUUGGUUUGUGGACGACGAGAAGAUGGGCACGACCAGCUUCUUUGAUGCGCCUGCGGUGCUGUCGCCCUCGGGCAGCGAGGCCGUGGUGCCCGUCAUGUCCGCCCCUAUCGAGGACGAGUUUGCAUUCGCGGCCGCCCCGGCGACGUUCAAGGAAAUCAAGGACAAGCUCGAGUUCGAGGCUCUGGACCUGGACAACAACUGGCUCGACAUGGGCUUCGAUUUCACUGAUAUCCUGUCCGACGGCCCCUCUGAUGUGGGCCUGGUCCCCACCUUCGAUGCCGUCGAUGAGGCCGCGGAUGCCGUGGCUGACGCUAUCGUGCCCACCUUCGAGGAGGAGCAGCCCCAGUUACAGCAGCAGGAGCCCCUGGUGCUGGCUCCCGCCCCGGAGGAGUCGGCUGCUAGCCGCAAGCGCGCUGCCGCCGAGGAGGCCGCGGAGGAGCCGGCCGCCAAGGUGCCGGCCCUGACUCACCAGGCGCUGCUGCAGGCGCAGGCCGCCGCCUUCCAGGCCGUGCCCCAGGCGUCAGCGCUGUUCUUCCAGCCGCAGAUGCUGGCCGCGCUGCCGCACCUGCCGCUGCUGCAGCAGCCCAUGAUGCCGGCAGCCGUCGCCCCGGCGCCCGUGCCCAAGAGCGGCAGCGCCGCCGCCAGCGCGGCCCUCGCCGCCGGUGCCAACCUGACUCGCGAGCAGCGCGUGGCGCGCUACCGCGAGAAGCGGAAGAACCGCUCUUUCGCCAAGACCAUCCGCUACGCUUCCCGCAAGGCGUAUGCGGAGAUCCGCCCCCGCAUUAAGGGCCGCUUCGCCAAGAAGGAGGAGAUUGAGGCCUGGAAGGCGGCGCACGGCGGCGACGACGCCAUUGUUCCCGAGGUCCUGGACGCUGAGUGCUAAGGAAGCUGACUAACCUCGCGUCGGGUGUGCGCGCGGACCGGAUUUGAGGAGUGGCAUGACUACGUGGUUACGUGCAUGGGGAUGCAUUGGGGGAUAGUGUGCUGCGCUGCGGGCGAGGGGCGCACAGCGGUGUGAUGGGAGCCGAUAUUGCCCUGUCGGGGUGAGGGCGCCAGUCAGCCACUCACAGGGCUAAGCCGCUGGGUGCAGCUGCUACUUUCAUCGAUCUCCCUUUUCAAGUCUUAAUAUGGUUGUUAAUUGUUUUGUUGAAGACGCGAUUUAGUUCAAGGCCUAUAAGCGCCCCUGUGCAGGCGAUUUCAUAUUUUCGGCGGCCGGCGGGCGCUGGUGCGCGUCUGCGGUGCCCCCGCCACUGCGGGAAUAGCCAGGCAGUCAGUCCUGGGCCUCUGUGGCUAUUCGGACUGGCCAAGAAAUCUUAGCUGGCUUGGGGCGCGAACAUGUAGCGCGGUGUUUUCGCUUGAUGGCGUCGAAUACGAGAGUUCAAGUUAUAGCUGGUCCCGUGCGCCGGGCGCACGGCGAUGUACCAUUGGCUUUGGGCUGCAUGCGCGCCGACCGCGAUCUUGUGGAUCAUGGUUGUGCGGUUUUGUUCGCGGAGGGGUGUGGACCUUUUGGCCGCCUGGGGGCCGAGGAAUGUCAAAUUCUGCGCAGCUCUGUCUUGAGCGAAGGCUGCUGGAAGUACUGGAUGUGCGAGGUGUGAGUUUUUUAAGUGUGGGUAUAGCUGAGCGAUUUUAACUCGGCGCAGGGCAACGGCUCCGCGCUGCUGACAGGAGCCUUGAAUCGGCAUCUGAUCAUUGAACACCAACGGCAAGGCGCAUCGGCCGCUGCGCUGCAUAACCGUGUAGGGCAGGGAUUACCACGUGUUUGAUUUAUCAGAUCCUGAGGAAGGGAGGGGCAUGUAUGCCGCAUGGCACGGCGCUGUGCAGGUAGGCGGCGAAUGCGUUGUGUGUCACUGGGAUUGCCUGUACAGCCGCGAACUGUGUCGGCGGGAUCACUGUGGCGUCAACGCAUUGUGUGCGGUGUGAAGGCCAUUGGAGCGGAUGGCCAGUCGGUGCAGAAUGGCAGGCUGCACAGUUUUCAGACGACCCCGUAUCAGAGCCUGAUCGGACAUGGCGGUUGCUGGGGCUCGAGAGAGAACAAAGCCUGCCCCCGUGGCACGGCACGAGAGAAGAGUGAGAAUCGCGAGAGUGAGUGAAUCAUGAGCUUGGUGCUUACGCGUUGCUCAGGGGCACCAGCUGGCGAUGCUGGUGGGGAGAAGACAACACGAUUACACGUUCGAUGUGGUUGAUGGGUGAUGUGGUUGACACGGAUUGGUUCAUGGAUGUUGCUUUGUUCGCAGCAUGUAUUGGAUGCCCGCCAUCAUUCGAGGCGCCCGAUACAACACUUGGCGUCCACAGUUCACAAGGAUGAUGGCCAACACUUUAAUGAUCUAGUUGGUCGAGUGACGAGUCGCUCUUUCUCUGCUGGCCCCACGCCAGAAUCUAACCAGACGUCCUGGCUGGUUCCCGGUGGUGAGACAGAGUGCGACAUCUCAAGAAGGGACAAUCCGAGCAAACGAAGGCGCACCGUAUGCCGUUGCAGCGCGGUGCUGCCUUGACUGUCUCAUUGCCCUGGUUCCGCUU